AUGCUUCCAAUCGCAAUCUUUUAUCAGGUUUAUGCCUACUUCUCUCUAGUGCUAUCUGUACAAGUGUUUUAUAUGCAGAUGCGUGCUCGUAACCUUCCUUGCUUGCUACUGUUGUUUUGGGUCUGUAUCUGCUCACUCAUCUAUGCCGUACAAUCUGCUAUAUGGCAUGACACAUCUGAGCCAAAAUGGCUUGGCUAUGGUUUUUGUGAUCUCACGUCUCGAAUUAUCACAAGUUCAAGCAUUGGAAUUCCAGCAUCUGCAUUCACACUGGUUCUCUACCUCGACAAAGUCAUUCGCAGUGAUCGUCCUUUAAAACCAUUUCAAGACUGGGUCUUUCAGAUUUUAUUGUCACUCGUAUUCCCUUUAGUUAUUAUGGCCCUCAUGGUUCCUAUGGAGAGCAACCGCUACGUAGUCAUCUGCAUGAAUGGUUGCAUGCCUGCCUUCUACCAAACAGUGUACACACUAAUUUUCUUUUAUCUUCCUCCUUGUCUACUUUCCCUCGGUGGUUUGUUCUUCGUCUCUAGAAUCCUUUACUAUUAUUGGCAUCGCCAGAAGGAACUUCAGCAAUUCUUUCAACGCGACUCUCAACUCACUUCCAAGCGCUUUCUCCGUCUUCUCCUCUUAGAUGCCGUUUUCUUCUUGGGUUACUUUCCACUCACUCUUUACCUUCUCAUUGUUAACUGUAAGGGACAUAAAUUCAUGGCCGUUGAUCAUUAUUUGAUGAGUCUUUGGCAUCGUGUUCCAGUCGAUUUCUUCCAAGCAACUUCUAUUUACUUGAAUAACUGGAUUCCUCCCACAGUUCUCAUUGUUAUGUCUAUCUUUUUCAUCACAAGCGGAAAAUGGACAGAUAAAGUCGCCAUAUUUCUGUGGUCUUUGGUCGUUCGCUGCCCCUUCAUUAAACAUACUAGCGUGGGCCGUCAUGCCCAAUUCAAGUUGGAUAGCGAGAAGAGUGCCGAAACUACUCUCGCAGAGCGGACUAUCGAUUCUGGAGAUUUGAAAGAAAAAUGUCUCAUCUUAGAGAGACAAUGGAGCAAAUUGUCGGUUCCAAGCGACGACUCGAGCGAAUCCCAAGUUCCCGCCAAAUAUGUCUAA